GUUUCACAGAAGUGACGGAUGCGGGAAGUUCAGAAGUUUUCCUCCUUCAGUGAAUUAUCCACGUUUAAUAUUUUGCUUACUAAACGCACGACUAACCGACUAACCGGACUAUUAAAAAUCAUAUGUAGCUCACGUUUACUACACGUUUUUAGAGAAGCAAAGAUUAUAUCUGAGGAAACUGUGGACGCGGUGAACAGUUGGAUGAGUUGAAUAAGAUUCGUUCGUAGUUUAGGAGAGCUUCGCAGAUAUUAGAAGAGUCUGGAUAAAGUUCGUCCUGUCCUCUGGCCGGAACUGUGAAGCGAUACAAUGCAGGCGCGCUACCCCGUGUCCAGCCCGAAUUCUCUGGGCGUUGUGCCUUACAUCACCGGGGAGCAGGGCUACUAUCGGGCUACAAACGGAGGGGGAUAUACCGGUAUCCCAACGCCCAUGAGUAUGUAUUCUCACGCAGCACAUGAGCAAUACCCCGGUGGCAUGGCCCGUGCUUACGGCCCUUAUGCUCCUUCUCAACAGCCUAAGGACAUGGUCAAGCCUCCAUACAGCUAUAUUGCACUAAUUACAAUGGCUAUACAGAACUCAGCAGAUAAAAGGGUCACACUGAAUGGGAUAUAUCAGUUUAUUAUGGAGCGUUUUCCGUUUUAUCGGGAGAAUAAGCAAGGCUGGCAGAACAGCAUCCGACACAAUCUGUCACUUAACGAGUGCUUCGUCAAAGUGCCGCGCGACGACAAGAAGCCAGGUAAGGGCAGUUACUGGACACUAGACCCGGACUCAUAUAACAUGUUUGAAAAUGGUAGCUUCCUUCGCCGGAGGCGCCGCUUCAAGAAGAAGGACGUAUUAAAGGAGAAAGAGGAGCGUGAGGUGCAAGGCAAGGAGGCAAGGGGUCAGACACGCGAAGCUGAGCAGCCCGUGAAACUCCGGGACAUAAAGACAGAAAGCGGGGCUUGCACUCCCCCGCAGGUUUCUUCCCCUUCUCUCGGUUCCGUGAGUAAAACUGAGACCCCAGACAGCAGCAAUGGGAGCGCUUGUAAUGGGAGUCCACAAACGCAAACUACACAGCAAACCUUCAGUAUGGAUAAUAUAAUCACGGGUCUUCGUGGCUCCCCGCCGCAGGCUGCCGAACUACCUGUCUCUCGCGCUGCUUUACCGAGCUCGGUGUCUCUCACUUAUUUGGCCCCCCCGCAGCCGGCACAUUACAGUCCUCCAUGCGGCCAGCCUGCUACCUACCAGUGUGACAUGCAAGCAACAAGUCUGUACGCUGGAGAUCGCGGGCAUAGAAACGACGCUCUACCGGAUUACAUAAACACAACAAGCGCAGCCACGCUCUCUCACGCACACCUGAGCUCGAGCCAAGAAAGCCAGCACAUCCAGCAGAGUCGGCUUGCCCCCUGGCACCUUAAUCAGAACGGGGAAAUAGGACAGCUGGGCACGAGCUAUCCCGCGCAGCAGCAGAGUUUUCGAGAGAUGUUCGAAGCGCAGCGGCUCACACUGAACACCUCCCCGGUGAGCGGAAGCAACAGCUGUCAAACCCCUUUCUCUUCCAGUCAGUCACUCUACCGGGCAUCGGGAGCUUUCGUGUAUGACUGCAGCAAGUUCUGAUCAAACCUCACACUAAUCAAAACACUUUUUAAUGUCGGUUUGCAGACCUUCGUUUUCGUCAACGUUUCUAUAACUUAAGCUAAAGAUUUGAGCCAGUUACAGAGCGAGCAUAGAUAGUACCGCUGUAUUUUUCGGAUUUAUUUCAAUAGAUCUCAUUCAUAAAUAUUAAUUUAUUUUAUUAGGAAUUCGAUUCACGAAUCUUUCAAUGAAAUCGUAUUUAUGUUACAAUAUGGAACGUAACUGUGUACAAAACAUGCGAAAUUUUGCUUUAUUUUUUGAAAAUACUCGAAUAUAUUAUUUGUUAAAUAAAUUACAUUCUUGUUUAAGUUUAA